CACCAUUCCAUUUCAUUACAACUCUCCCUUCUGAUAUCCUUCACGUGAGACUUUUAUAUUCAGAAAAUUGAGUAAAUUAAUGUCUCCAGCAAUGGAAAUAUCGACGGCGGCAAACUCAUCGGAAAAUUUGUAUGAGAAGGGAGUCAAAACCAUGUACGAGAACGGAAUCGAGCAUGUUCCACUCAAGUACGUGCUUCCAGCUUCCGAGCGUCCGAAUGUAUCAAGCCCUGAGGCUGACCUCGUUGAUAUUCACCUUCCCGUUAUCGAUUUUGCUCACUUGCAAGGCCCCAACCGCCGCCACGCCCUUGAAUCCCUCGCCCACGCCUGCGAACACUUUGGCUUUUUUCAGCUUGUGAAUCAUGGAAUUGCGGAGGAGGUGACGGAGAGGAUGGUGAAUGUGGGCAAGAGAUUCUUCGAGAUGCCGUUGUCGGAGAGGGAGAAGUACAUGACAGCUGAUAUGAACGCGCCGGUGCGCUACGGCACCAGCUUCAAUCAGAACCGCGAUGGCGUAUUUUGCUGGAGGGAUUUUCUGAAGCUUGUUUGUCACCCGCUGCCCGAGCUCCUCCCUCAUUGGCCAUCUUCCCCAAUCGACUUGAGGGAGUCAGCGGAAAAUUAUGCGGAAGAAACAAGAGCAUUGUAUAUGGUGUUGGUGGAGGCAAUUGUAGAGAGCCUAGGGCUGAACCAGAGAGAGGAAUCAAUUAUGAAAGAUGGAAGCCAACUAAUGGUGGUGAACUGCUACCCGCCUUGCCCACAGCCUGAUUUAACAGUUGGAAUGCCACCUCACUCCGACUACGGGUUUCUCACCCUCCUACUCCAGGAUGACGUCGAUGGCUUGCAGAUUCUACAUAAGCAUCGUUGGCUCACCGUUCGUCCCAUCCCCGGAUCCUUCGUUGUCAAUGUCGGCGACCACCUCGAGAUAUUCAGCAAUGGGCGGUACAAGAGCGUGUUGCAUAGAGUGUUGGUGAAUUCGACAAACUGCAGGAUUUCAGUGGCUUCAUUGCUGAGUUUCCCCUUCACCUCGACGGUGAGGCCGGCAGCCUGCCUCAUUACUCCGACCAAUCCUAGGCGCUAUAAAGACACCGAUUUUGCUACUUUCCUAGACUUCAUCAAAUCUUCUGACUCCAAAAACAAGAAUUUCCUCCACACCAGGACCGUUGUUUUAAACUAGGAUAUGCACCUUCUUUGCUUUUCACUUUUGUAGCAUCAUUUAUAUCUACAAAUUAUUGUUUCUUAAGCGCGCAAUAGUUGACGCAAUUCAAAUAUUACUACUACAAGGCUAGACUAUGUAUCCACAUAUUGAUUCUGUAAUUAUGAGAUAAAAAAUGUACUAUAUUCA